UAUUUUCACAUACAGAACCGUCGGAACGCUCCACUGACAGGUGCACUGCAGAUCUCCGGUGGUCUUUAGGUUUGCUGAGGUAGCGUUGCAGAGAAAGCCUGUUACGUCUUCAGGAGAUUGUCAUGCCUUCAAGCUGCUCGAAGAAAUUCCUUAAUGGUUUCGUUUGAAUGUUAUGCUUCUGAAUUGAGAGUAUGGUAUAACGCUCAUUGGGGAUUUGGCAAAUGUUAUUUCUGCUGACUUGAACAAGUUUGCGAAACCCAAAAUACGUAUUGAGAAUCCGCAUACCAAUUCCGAUUAAACUAGCCUAUUUCAGUAGCUAGCCUUUGCAUCUUGAGAAGGUUUAGCUGAUUGAUCGAAGUCAUCCAAUGGAAGCUAAAUUCUUCCGCUUUCUCAAGAUUGUUGGAGUCGGUUUCAAGGCUAGGGCAGAAUCAGAAGGUCGUCUCUUGUACCUUAAGCUGGGUUACAGCCAUGAGGUUGAGCUGACCGUGCCCCCUGCAGUUCGUGUCUUCUGUUUCAAACCCAAUGUGGUUUGCUGCACUGGGAUUGACAAGUAUAGGGUACAUCAAUUUGCUGCUUCUGUAAGGAGCUGUAAGCCCCCAGAAGUUUACAAGGGCAAAGGUAUUAUGUACAUUGAUGAAGUGAUAAAAAAGAAGCAGGGAAAGAAAUCAAAAUGAAAUAAUGGUUCUUUCUUGGGCUUGGGCUUUGUUCUUUUUAUGAUGCUAGACAAUUUCCCUUUAAUUAUCUUUCCUAUUGUAAUUUAUUCUCAAACUGCUUGAGUACUUUAUAAAGUUAAGAGUGGUUGAAGGUCUUCUACCGUUGUCACAGAAGUUGCUAAACAUCUCAAUGACAGUUUCAGUAUCAA